UCACCAAAAUUCCUCGAAAAGCAGACGCAAUUAAAAACGCAGCUGGAUUUAUUUUCACCAAUCAUUAUAAAACUAAAUAAUUCAAGUGAAUAGGACGCAACGAGCAAAAUAUACAAGAGUACAAUAAAUAUUAAUAAAGAGAUAUCUCUUUUGUAAAUUUGAAAAAUGGACUCAAUUUUGAGUUCCGGAGGCUCGAAUGCCUCCGGCGAUAGUAUUGGAGGCAUAAGCAGUGGAGGAAGAGGCUGUAACGGCGGUAAAAACAACAACAGAUUGCAACGUGUUGGAGAUACAUCUCACGGCACUCAAAGCGAUGUAAAUGCCGAAGUCAAGAAAGUAUAUCAACAACUCUAUAUUGUGGUAAAACAACUGGAUGAUGAGAAAAAACAGAUCUCUGGAAUUUCGCAACUCUUUCAAAAUGAUUUGGAGCAAAAGCGUGCACAAAUCGUUCAACUCUGCAUUCAAAUCAUAUUCAGGGAUUACCAAUCGGUGGGAAAACGAGCUCGAGAAAUUAUGUGGCGCAAGGGCUACUACGAAUUCAUUGCUUACGUAAAGAAGAAUUGGACUAAAGAAUUAAAGGAUACCGCUCAACCCGGUGCAAAAGAAAAUAUACAAAAAAUUGAGAGAUUCCUAUGUGCAGGAAUUUUAAAUUAUAAGCGAAUUGCAGCUAAAAUGGAGGAAAUAUAUGAUCUAGAUCUAAAAUAUCUGAUCGAUUUUUCCAUUAUAAGUGAUUCGUAUCUCAAGGAGCUGAAAGAUAAAGAGAAGCAAAGUAAAGAUGAUGGAUGGUUGGAUGUUGAUGAGAUUCACAAUUAUGCGGUUGAUAAGAGCUUGGAUGCCGUCUCCUUUGCUUUGGACACCAUUCAUUCUUCCCUGUUGAGUUUGGGUGAUCUUCAUCGAUAUUUCUUGGAUUUUCGCAUAGAUACCAAACUGAAUAUUACCAAACAACUUGCCGCCAAAUACUAUUUCGAAGCUUUCAAACUCAAUCCGGCAAUUGGCAUGGCUCAAAAUCAAUUGGGCACAUUGUAUUACGGACAAAACUAUGAUUUGGAUUCAAUCUACCACUACUUGUAUUCCCUUGUCAGUUUAAUACCUUUUGAACUGAGCGAGAAUAACGUAUGUAAGCUCUUUGCUGCUCAUGCCGAUUAUUUGACAAAAAUGGAUCCGGAUAAAAUAGAAUUUAGUCUUCAGGAUUUCUAUGCCCGUUUUUAUUUGAUUGUAGACAUAUUCUUUUUUGACAAAGAAGUACCGGAUUUUAACUCCCUAUGUCACUGCGUCCUAGUAGAUUUGCGCAAAAUUUUGUGUUCGAAAACAUUCAAUGUCAACGAUUCGAGUAUUUUCAAAAUUGUUUCCAUAUUGUUCUUCUGUUUGUCCAAGCUCAAGAUGAUAAACUCGCAAAAAGUUUAUUCGUUAAAUGCUUUUCUGGUGGCUGUAUGUUCUGAUCUGAUGGAUGCCUGUAUUGUAAGUUUGGAGCAGACUAUAUUGGCAAAAACUGCAGAAAAUGAACAAUUUCAUGUCAUGUAUACAAAAAAAUUUGAGGAAUUCGAUAUGUUGGUGCGCAAAUCUCGCAAUGAGUAUAAGAAUUGGUUGUCAACCAUUGGCGAAGCCGAGAGAAAGGAGAAGAAGCAAACGCAACAGCUAUCACAGAAGGACUUCUCUUCCGAUUCACGAGAGUCCCAAAGAUCCCAUGAUGAUUAUAUUUGCAAAACUCAGGACAGCGGUAAACCGUCCAAAGAUGAUAUCAAAAAUGAUGGAGAGCAAAACUCCACACGAUCAUCGGAUGAAGCCAAGGAGAGCGAUUUGAAAACUCCACUGUCGUGCAAGAGUAAGAAGAGAGGCAUGAAGUUGAGGAGGCGUCGUCGCAAAAUUGCCCAAUCGGAUGAUAGUUCUUGUUAUGACACUGAAUCGGAUAUGGAUACCGACUUUUCCACCGACGAAGAGGAUUAUACCGACUUAAGUUCAAACUUUGAUACAGACUUCAGUGAUAUAGAAGCAGCAGGUGAACCGGAACCAGAGAGAGAGGUUGAACAAGUCGAAAAUAAACACAAGCAUAACAAUGUCUGCAGCACAGCAUCGCGCCAUGGUUCCAAGGAAAGUGUCUAUACCAAUGGUAGCAUUGGUCCAAACUUUUCCGACAAUGAAGAUAUUGUAAUUGAAGAGGAAAAUAUCAUCUAUCCGGACCAAGAACAAGAAAAAUUACAACAUCUGUCAACAUCAGGUGUGCGCACAUCAUCUCAGGAUAUUGAUUCUGAGGAGUUAUUGAAAAGUUUCGAAAUCUUACAAUUGCAUACGAACAGUGCUGCCUUGAAUUUUAAAAAUUGUGAUAAUGAGGAAAAUCAGAAAAAUACCUCAGGAGCACAAAAGUCUGGUGAAGACCCAACAAACAAAGCAAGCGGAGAGCCUCCCAAGAAAAUGGUAUACCGCAAUAAAUACACUAAAAUCAAUCCUAAUAUUGUUGUUGAUUUCGCCAAAAACGAGGCCACCAUUAGGGCUUUAAAGAUACUUUUUGAUUGGCUUAGAAUCAAUCACGAAAUAUUGUUUGGCUGCUAUCACUCCAAUCCCGAGUUUAUCCACAAAAUAAUGAAAUUAUUAAAUUAUUGCAACAUCGAUAUAUUCACACGCAAGGUGUUCUUCGAAAGAGAGUUCCUUACAACGCCCAAUGUGCGUCAAACCUUGUGUGAUCUUUUUGAUGUUAGAGCUAAUGUACCGUUAUCGGAAGACUUUGUCUUCAAGAGUUUUGAUAUUUUCCAAUCUACUCAAAUAACUUUGGAUUGGGAGACCACUAUACGCGAAAAAGUAACCCCAGAGGAGGAAUGUAUAUUACGCAUCUUCAAAAUGGUCGAUUUUGGUUUCUUCAUUUGCAAACAAAAGAAAUUCAAUUAUCGCUUUUGUGUUAAGGCUAGACGUUUCACCGAGAACACCAAAAAGAAGCGUGAGGAGAAAAAGUCCUCUUCGCGUCGACGAGAAAGGCGUACAGCCAAAAAUGCUGCACGUAAGCGUACCGAAGGUCGCACUCGGCGCUAUUCUGAUCGUAAGAAUGGCAUUGUGCGUAAGAGUUACACCAGUAAUGAGGAAAAAGAUACUGUGGAGGAGUGUAAGCGCAUGCCACGAAAAGGCUAUUUGCGUAAUCGCAACACGGAUAAGUCAAAUAGCAAUGGAGCUACGGCUGGUGGUGCCACUUCCGCCUCUACAACUACUAAUAGCGCUAUUUGUGAGAAGAUUCAGUCAAGCAGUGGCGCCGAUGAAGAGCGUUCCGAAGCAAUGUCUAAAAAGUGUGAAAUCAUGGGAAAGUUGUGGUUAAAGAACGAAGUGGAGACUUUGGAAGAAGAGCUCCGUAAAAAUCCCAUGAAUAUGAUAAUGACACCCUUCCUGGUGGUUGAUGCUAAAGCUUUGACCGAAUACAAUGGUAUUGUUAAGAACCUGGUUAAAAGCAGGAAGUUCAUUGUGCUUAUUCCAAAUGCUGUUUUCAAUGAAUUGGAUGAACUCAAAAAACGCAGUGAAAAUGCCCGUAAUGUUAUUCGCUGGUUGGAACAGGAAUUCAAACAUGGCAAUCGCCACUUGCGUGCCCAGCGAGAUAACGAAAAUUUGACUUUGUCAUUGAUUAAGAUUCCAAGGAAAUUGGAUCGUGAUGGAUCUGUUUUCCUUCAAAUUGCACAAUUUUGCAAUCAUUUGGUGGCCAAUCACUCCGAUCCCAAUGCCACUGAAUUUCAAUCAAACGUGGUUACAUACUUGUCGGGUGAUUCGUUGCAUGAGAAGCAACGCAAUCAAAACAACUUCAGCUUCACGGGCAUAUUAGACUCGAUACCGGUGCGUCAUGAUCAAAUUGCAAAUUUCUAUGCGAAAUUUAAGGCCAACAAGAAAUGAAUUGAAGUAACGAAGCAGGAAUAGCCCUGCAUGGAAGAAAUGCGCCGUUGUCGUCGUCGUCGUCGCCCUAUAGCUGUCGUAUUGAGUAUAACAUACAACACAAACAAAAUGCCAAGAACGUUAAUGAAUGUGGGAACAACGCCUCUCCCCAAGUCAAAAACAACAACAAUCAAAUUAUCAACAAAAAACAAAAAUCCACAAAAUUCUUCUUACAAGUCAACAACCAUAACUACAACAUCAAUCAAUAACCACACCAUGCGUAAGAAUCGGUAAUGGGUUUCUAAGAGCUACAACAUUUUACCCUUGUCGAUUUUAUGAAAAUAUUUACAUGUAAGCUGCUGCUAUAGCUUAGCUUGAUUCCAAUCAAUGAAUAAUCCCUACAAGUUUGAAUCUGGUAGGGAUUUUUUCUGUUCAGCCAAGAGAAAUUAGCAGGAGAAGUACAUACGUGUGUGUGAGAGAGCGAAAGAGAAGAAUAUGUAUUUAGCGUUCCGUAGCAAAAACCCAAAUUUUUGCAAAAACCACGUUUCAAAUUUCAAAAAAAUCUUUAAUUUUUUUUCUAAACCAAGAAAUGGAAUGUAUAGAGAGCGGAACAAAAAAUCAAAAAAAAAAAAAAAUAUUUCAUUGCAAUAGAAAAAUGGAUGGAAAUUACCAAAAUGUUUUGCUCAACAUGUUUUUUGAACAAAAAUUCAGAGAAAAUCCUCCAACAAACUUCAACAAAAAGAACUUCUAACAGGCAUAUUCCAUAACUUGAAAUUAGUUAAGGGUAAAUUGGAAAUCGUACGUUUUUAGCCACCCAAGCUUAACAUGCCUGGAUGUUCUGCUAGAAACUACAAAACAAAAUGCCUGUUCAAAGAUCAUACUUGCUGUUUUUUUUUGUUCGGAAAACUACAAAACUCUUGGAGAAAGCUUUUAAUCGUCUUCGCGAAAAAAUUAGAAAAACAAAAUAAUUUAGAGGGAUUCCUUUGAAUUGCAAAAAAGAAAUGAACAUUUUAAGCUUUCAGUCCAGUCUGUCGUCAAGUUACGUUGUUAUCAAACAAGCUGUGAUGCAGCACAGUUAAAUUUCUGGCGUUUCAUUGUUUAUUUUGCAACAGAUUAACGAGGCGUAUAGAUUCUAUAACGCAAAACAGCUAAUAAUCAUCCCAAAAACCUGGAAAGGGGGAAAACGAAAAAAUGUAUGUUUUACAAAAGACAACACAUUGAUCAUACCUCUUCGUUAGAAAUUUCAUCACUUCAUAAUUUCAAAAAGCUCAUUUUAUAGUGUCUUUAACAUCAACAGAUUUUUUAGCUUUGUAAUUUCAUUUCGAUUACAACGAUUUGGUAGCAGUUUUGUAACCUGAAUUUUUAGCGUAUUCAUACAAUAUGUGGUCAUAAUAUUUUAAUGCCUUCGAAAUUAAUGCAUACAUUUUUUAUUGCCCCUUUUCAAUAUCAUCAAUUAAAAAAAUAUUUUAUUUUUUUCAAAUGUAUUUUUAUCGCAAUAAAUAUUGUUUUCAUAUAUACAUAUAAUAUUAGUUUUACCAUGAUAGCCAUUUUUUACAGCUUGUACAACAUUCAUAUAACUUACAAAUUUGUAAUCAUUUGUAAAGAAUUAAUUUAAAACAAAUAUGAAUUAGGUUCAUAUGAAUAAACCCACCCAAAGACAGGACUUUGGGUAGAUUUCAUACUUAAAAGUUACAAGGAAACAUGUACCUUGAAUGUCUAAUCAUUAUUUUUACAGGCAUUUGUGUUUUAAAUAUGGCGCGGAUACAUUUGAAAAUAAUUUCACCAACUAAUUUGAAAAUUUUGAACUGUCUUACAAAGAGAGUUCGAUUAUACAAAUGGACGAAAAUACUCGUAUUUUUUAACAAUAACUUCUUUACCCGCCCAACAUUCAGUCUCAGUUAUUUUGAACCAUUGUACAAAAGUUGUUUUAACUGACUGAAAUCGGUUUAAUCAUAUCGUUCAGUUUGUUGUGUUGUGUGUUUUUCACUUCAUUUGUAAUCGAUUUUAGUAGUUAGAUAAUUCAAAUCGAUUACAAAUGAAGUGAAAAAAAUCAUCACAUCAAACUGAACGAUAUGAUUAAACCGAUUUCAGUCGGUUAUGAGUAUAAUUAAAUUGAAAAAGUCCUUUAAGAGAAAAUAAAUGGACAAUUGAUUGUUUUGAUUUUCACACUUAUCAUUCCGUUUAAUUAAAAAUUCAUAUCAAUGAAAUGUAUUUUUUUCAAUAAAUUUGCAUUUUAAUGGAAAGGUGUUAAGUUAUCCAAAUUCGACUGUAUACAAACUUAGGUUAAAUGAAACGUAUUUGAAUUAUCCGGACUUAGUAAACAUCAACACACGGAAUAUUUGCUAACAGUUUUUUUCUUUUUGCUGGUUUUAAUUAAGAAAAUUCGGCUGUACAUAUAAAAAUAAUUUAAAUGUAUAUUCGAUACAUUUGGGACAGGUGGUCCCAGGUGAAUAAAACGAAUAGUAGUUCGUUUGGUAGGGAGGUGACAACCGCGUUGGUUAUUUGAUUCCGAUUGUUUUG